GCUCAUGGAUGCAGACAUGUUGUUUGAUCAUCUUUGGUGGAGGGUAUGACCUUGGUUUUGAAGCAGCGCUGGGCAGGGAGGGAACCAGGCAGAUCCAGUCAUUUGUUUGUGCUGGAGGCUCAUACCUGGGCCUGUGUGCUGGAGCUUACUGGGCCUGCGACUCUAUUCUGUUUGAUAAAGGUGGUCCACUGGAGGUGACAGGCGAAAGGUUUCUUAAGUUUUUUCCAGGUAUGUGUAUUGGCCCAGCAUUCCCUGGUUUCCAGUAUGAGACUAAGGCUGGGGUCCAUGCAGUACCUGUCAGGUAUACAAGCGGCAGACACCUGGAUAAAGACAUCAGACACCUGAAUACAGACAUCGGACACCUGGAAACAGACAUCAGACACCUGGAAACAGACAUCAGACACCUGGAUACAGAUGUCAAACACCUGGAUGCAUACUCUGAAGGUGGAGGUUUUUUUAGACUUUAUAAUCAAUCCAGAGAUGGAUGUGUUCUGUCCGAAGACAGGAUUAGUACAGAUGGACUUACUUUCUCCAGUAUGGAUACAAUUAACACAAAAUAUGGUGUCUCAUGUAAAGACAGUUGUGCCAGCCACGUUGGCCUCACCAGCAGACCUCCAUUGGUGGAAAUCCUGGGGACGUACAGCAGCCUGGAGAACAAUUCUCCAGCCAUAGUUAGGUGUAGAGUUGGGCGUGGACUAGCUGUUCUGUCUGGAGUACAUAUUGAGUUCCCCUGUCAUCUUCUGGACCAUCAGAAUAUCUAUAUCAAACCUUGGAUGCCCUUGUUCCAGAGAAGUGAGGAUACUAGACUCUGUGUCUUCAAGGAUAUCCUGAGACAGCUCGGAGUUCAGACUGCCAUUUCAUGA